AUGGAAUCAGAACAGACGGAAAAAGAUAAUAAAAAGACGGCCGAGUCAAACCAGAAAAAAAGGGAAAAACAGUCCGAUUCUCCCGAUCUGUCUCCGGAUGAAGACUACAUUCCGUAUGUACCCAUCAAACGGCGACGCGAAAAGAAACUACAGAGACUCGUUAGUCAACGCGACAAUAGACAGGAACAGAAGCAAAGCGAAAACGAAGAGGAAGCGGAAGAUGACUACGUCGCUGGUCCCAAAGCCCACGUCAGUUUGAUAGAUCAAGCAGUUGAAGUGAAGAAACAGAAGGCUAUAGAAGACUCUGCUAAAACUGAUGCACAGAAAAAACUCGAAGAAGAGAAGGCUAUAAUGGAAGCAGUGGCACAAAGAAAAUUAUUAGCUUCUGAUCGGGAACUUGCUAAGGGCAUAAUCUACACUGAGCCGAUGAAGACAACAUGGAAGCCGCCUCGGUACAUUUUAGAGAAAUCAGAGAAAGAUCAUGAUAAUGUUCGACAAAAGUAUCAUAUAUACGUAGAUGGUGAAGAUAUACCGCCUCCAAUUAAAGACUUUAAAAGCAUGAAAUUCCCACGUGCCAUAUUGAAUUUUUUGAAAUCGAAAGGGAUUAGCAAACCAACUCCGAUCCAACUUCAAGGUCUUCCAGUAGCUUUGGCGGGAAGAGACAUGAUCGGAAUUGCAUUUACAGGAUCGGGGAAGACAUUGGCGUUCUCGUUACCACUUGUUAUGCGUGCGCUAGAAGAGGAGAAGAAACUGCCUCUGGUUAGAGGCGAGGGACCAAUAGGCAUGAUUGUGUGUCCAUCGCGUGAAUUAGCUCGUCAAACGUAUGAUAGUAUCUGCUCGAUGAUAGAACAUCUUAUUCUUGAUGGGUAUCCCAAAUUACGAACACUGCUCUGUAUUGGCGGAAUAUCGAUGGCUGAUCAAUGGCACACGUUGGCUGACGGUAUUCAUAUUGUCGUUGCUACGCCUGGAAGAUUAAUGGACAUGUUAGAGAAGAAAAAGUUUAAUCUUGAUUUAUGCAAGUAUUUGUGUUUGGAUGAAGCAGAUCGUAUGAUAGACAUGGGCUUUGAAGACGAUGUGCGCAAUAUCAUGUCUUAUUUCACUUCUCAACGUCAGACAGUGCUUUACUCAGCAACAAUGCCUAAGAAAAUUCAAAAUUUUGCCCAAUCAGCUUUGGUUAAGCCGGUAAUUAUAAAUGUCGGGCGUGCUGGAGCUGCCAAUUUGGAUGUAAUACAAGAAGUAGAAUACGUGAAGCAAGAAGCAAAAGUAGUGUAUUUGUUAGAGUGCCUGCAAAAGACACCUCCACCAGUUUUGAUAUUUGCCGAGAAUAAGAAUGAUGUGGACGAUAUACAUGAGUAUCUCUUACUCAAAGGUGUUGAAGCAGUAGCGAUUCAUGGUGGAAAAACAUCAGUAUUCUAUCAUAAACAACCCGGUUCAAAGUCAAAAUAUUCAUCCCAAGAAGAACGCGAAUUUGCGAUAAGAGCAUUUAAAGAAUACAAAAAGGAUGUCCUUGUCGCUUCAGAUGUUGCUUCGAAGGGUCUUGAUUUCGCCGACAUUCAGCACGUUAUAAACUAUGACAUGCCAAAAGAGAUUGAGAAUUAUGUUCAUAGAAUAGGUCGUACUGGUCGUUCUGGAAGGACCGGAGUGGCAACGACGUUUAUCAACAUGAACUGUUCGGAGCAAAUUCUUUUGGAUCUUAAACAUCUUCUUAAGGAAGCAAAGCAACGUGUUCCACCGGUACUUGAAGCUUUGGAAGACCCAUUAGAGAAAUUUAAAGAUCUUACUGGAGGAUGUACAUUCUGUGGUGGAUUGGGUCACCGUAUCACAGCGUGUCCCAAAUUAGAUGCUCAACGAAAGCAACAGCUUGGGAAUCUCAGUCGCAGUGGUGGAGGAAUUGGAGGAGAUUAUUGA